AUGCGCGGCGACAUAAUUACCCUCGCUCUUGCGAGCCUGGCAGGACCCGUUUCUGGACAAGCCUUAGACACUGUCCUAACUGAGGGACGAGAUACCUUGCAGAGUGCGCGCCUUGGCCGGCGGCAAGCCAUGGACCGCAGGUUAGCAACCAUCAAGUCGCAUGCAGAUGUCGACGAGACGGAGAUCACCGCCACCUUAGAAAAGCGACAGGGUGCACGAUGUGGUAAAGAUUUUGGAACCUCGUGCGAAGCCGGUAUGUGCUGUUCCAGCGCCGGAUGGUGCGGUCAGGGAUAUCUUUACUGCUCAGCGCCGUCUUGUCAGAUCGAAUACGGACCGGCCUGCGAUGCCAACAUCCGACCCAGCGGUCCUGAGACGAAGAAUGUCCCGCGGCCCAAAGUCGGCAGCGUACCAUAUGGCACAUCGGUCCGUCGCUGCACGCGACCUGGUGAUAUCGCCCUAACAUAUGACGAUGGGCCUUACAUUUACACUGACGACCUGCUCGACAAGCUCAAGGCCUACAACGCCAAGGCGACGUUUUACGUGACAGGCAACAACUUGGGAAAGGGCAAAAUCAAUGACCCAAACACCGCGUGGCCAGGACUCCUUAGGCGCAUGGUUGCCGAGGGCCAUCAGAUCGCGAGCCAUACCUGGUCCCACCAAACGCUGACGACACUCACCGAAUCCAAAUUCCGUAAUCAGAUGAACUACCUUGAGAUCGCCCUGGCUGAUCUGUUCGGCUACUUCCCGACGUAUAUGAGGUAUGACCACUGUCGUUCUUGCGACCCUUACAACGCCUGACUAACAGA